CGUUYCACACUUGUAAUAUUCUUAAUAAGCAAUUCGACAGAAAGUUGCCACUCCUGUAAAGACAAAGUUUGUAAAACACCUCCCGAUACCGACGAUACCAACAUGAGUAACGCAGAAAAAUUUCUCGCAGCUGCCGCCGAAUUCCCGGAAGAUGCUCUUGACGCCGAAAAGAAAUUAUACGAACACCCUCUGGUGAAGCGUUACGCCACGAAAGAAAUGUCCUUUGUUUGGUCUCCGGCCAAGAAAUUUACGACCUGGCGAAAACUAUGGACAGCUCUAGCUACUGCUGAGCAAGAACUCGGUGUUGAGAUUUCCGACGAACAAUUGGAAGAAAUGCGAGCACAUCUGUUCGAUAUCGAUUUUGAACUUGCAGGGAAAAAGGAGGCCGAAUUUCGCCACGACGUUAUGGGACACGUCCACGCCUUUGGCGAGGUUGCUCCCAAAGCUAUGCMAAUCAUUCACUUAGGAGCCACCUCGUGCUACGUUGGUGACAACACUGAUAUUGUUCAGAUCCGAGAUGCGCUUUUCCUCAUCAAGAGAAAGCUAGUGCAAACACUUGCGAUUCUGAAAGACUUCGCCRUCGAACAUAAAGAUUUGCCAACUCUUGGUUUCACCCAUUAUCARCCCGCUCAAUUAACCACUGUGGGCAAGCGAUGUUGUUUGUGGAUGCAGGAACUGAUGAUGGAUUACGAACGCGUUGUAUUAGAAAUCGAAAAYCUUCCAAUGCGCGGAGUCAAGGGAACUACAGGAACGCAGGCCACGUUCUUGGAACUGUUCGAGGGUGAUCACGAAAAAGUCAAGGCGUUGAACAAGCGUGUCUGUGAAUUGAUGGGUUUUGAUAAGAGUAUUCCAGUCUCUGGUCAAACCUAUACCCGCAAGAUUGAUUUUACUGUCCUGAGUGUCUUGAGCGGCAUUUCUCAAUCUGCCUACAAGAUGUGUGGAGAUAUUCGUCUUCUUGCCAACCUGAAAGAAGUCGAGGAGCCCUUCGCAAAGACUCAGAUUGGUUCAAGCGCCAUGGCGUACAAGCGUAAUCCAAUGCGAUCCGAAAGGUGCUGCUCGCUUGCUCGUUAUGUUAUGGGACUGCCAAAUGCUGCAGCCAACACAGCUGCAAACCAGUGGUUCGAACGUACGUUGGAUGAUUCCGCUAUUCGUCGUAUCAUUCUGCCUGAAGGAUUCCUUGCGGUCGAUGUAAUCCUGACGCUUCUGACAAAUAUUGGUGAUGGCCUUCAUGUUUGGCCGGAGGUUGUCAAGGCUCACGUCAUGGCUGAGUUGCCAUUCAUGUCAACAGAAGUUAUUCUCAUGGAGUGUAAGUAGAAAUGCAUUUGUAUUUGUUGUGUCGUCRUGGUGUACAGGAGAGGAAUGUUGAUUAAACUGCAAUAAACUUGUCUAUAUGUUUUGGAGUUCGUGCCUUCUCACUGGUCGUGUCUACGCAUUUUGGAAUUUGCAGGCGUGAAAGCCGGCGGUGACCGCCAAGAACUUCAYGAGGCCAUUCGUGUUCAUUCCAUGGAUGCCGGAGCUGUAGUUAAAGGGGAGGGAAAACCAAAUGAUUUGAUGGAGCGCAUMGCCAAGGAUCCUUUGUUCGCUGCAGUUCACGAUAAGCUGGACACUCUCGUCGAUCCAAAGCUAUUUGUUGGACGUGCACCUCAGCAGGUUGACGAAUUUAUCAAAGAUGAAAUCCAACCUAUCCUAGAUGCCAAUAAGGACUUGAUCUCACAAGAAAGYGUGGACUCUGUCAAUGUCUGAGUUAUCCGCAGUAUUUGRAAAUUGGCAUGAGGAGAAAGACGCCACAAUCAAAAGCAUAAUCACUGGUUUGUCUUCCAUUCCAACUAGAGCAGAGAGAUGUGUGUGCAACUGACACAAUGUCACCCCCCUCUAACUUUAAUGGAACACUAGUUUAUCACUUAUCAA